AUGCUUCCUGUUCCCUCUCGACGCUUUCGAGUGCUUACUUUGGCAAUAGUAGCACUGUUCAUCUUGGCGAUACUAUACCAACACGGCCCUCUGUCAUCUCGCGCUUUCCUUCCGACAUGGCAGCCUGUAGAGAGUCCAAAAGCGCACAAACCCCAAAUUCCACGCCCGAGGCUCGACUUGCCAUUGGAAUAUACACCAAAGCCCUCCGAUAGUCAGUGGUGCCAAGAACGCUUUGGUAUCAAGUUUCUCGAAAAUGUUCGCGCAUCCUCCGUCUCCUACUGCACUCCGAGCUCCCCGAGCUUCUCUUGUUUCUGGUCGACAACCACCGAGGAGCGACGUGAUGCCAUGUGUCAUGGACAAGGCGCCACAUAUGACGCCGGCGAGUCUAAGUUUCGACUCGGAUGCCGGCUGCGAGACUUGUCUCCAGAAGAAAUUCAAAACGACACGCCGCGAAUCCCAGACAACCUGACGCAAUAUUGGUACGACACCGGACCCGGGCAAGUCUUCAACGAGGCCGUGCUCCUCGAUGCCAAUUCUCGCAUCCAGAGAUCCCGCACAACAAGCAUCCUGGUAAAGAGAGAAGGGCCCGGCAAUCUAUGGCACGUCCUGAUGGAGCUGCUAAGCCUCUCGUGGACUCUCGACAUACUGCAAAUCAGCGUGGAUCCGACCUCGCAGCAGCCCUAUCUGUCACCUGCCGCGACAUCGUCAACGCAGGUCAUAUUCCUGGACGACUACGAAGACGGCCCCUUUGUCGACAUGUGGAGGCUUUUCGCUAAAAUGCCCAUUCGGCGCAUCCACCAACUCAACGGCUCGGAACCCGCCACCGACAUUAUCAUACCCUUUUCCGGCGGGAGCAAUACACUCUGGCAGGGCGAUUGGGUCAAGCUUGACUGCCGGGAAUCCGCACUAGUCAAGGCCUUUGUUUCGCGCGUUUUGCAUCUCUACGACGUACACACGCCUCCGCGGAGGAAGGCAGAGGUCGUUGCCAAGUUUAUCCGCCGGACGAAUACCCGGAAACUGAUCAACGAGACGGAGCUCAUUGAGUCGGCUAAAAGGGCUGUUCCUCACUUGAAUAUAGAAAUUGUCGACUUUGCCGGUUUUUCUUUUGCUGAACAGCUACGAAUUGUCCGCGAGACGGACCUUCUCAUAGGUGUGCAUGGGGCUGGUCUCACGCACGCCAUGUUCUUGCCGCCGGGAUCGGCUGUCGUGGAGAUUCUACCCCGCGACUUUGCGCACAUGGGCUUCCGGAAUCUAGCGCAGCUACUGGGCCACCAGUAUCACCGUACCCAUGUCAAGAUGCAUGGGGAUGCCUCUGGAGAUGGGCAGUGGCAAUUCGAUGCGGUCGAGAUGGAAGAGGACCAAUUUAUUCGUUUGAUUGACGGCGCGGUGCGAAGUUUGUAUAAUAACGGAGUAAGGACGUACGACGCUGUAUGA